AUGUUCGAGAACGCCGACCUGACGCAGAUGUGGAACCAGUAUUGGCAGCAAUCGCUGGUCAACCAGACUCAUUGCCACUCGAUGGACUCAAAGCGGAGGCGCACGAGGACGAAUUUUACGGGCUGGCAACUCGAGGAGCUGGAGGGGGCCUUUGAGUCUUCUCAUUACCCGGAUGUGUUUAUGCGCGAGUCGCUGGCGAUGAGGUUGGACUUGCUGGAGAGCCGGGUUCAGGUCUGGUUCCAAAACCGUCGGGCAAAAUGGCGAAAACGAGAAAAUCAACGUAAAAUCGCGCUUGGCAACGGCCCAACCCAAAAAGAGCCUGGCGAUGACGAUGCGCUCAAAAGAGGGCCCUCGUUCUCGAUUGAAAGCUUAUUGGCAACGGCCCGGGUUCCCCGCGGGAGACGACCGAAUGCAAAGUAUCCGAGGGUACAGGCCUGCAAAAACCUCUCCCCGUUGAUGUUUCCACUUUUCCCUAUCACCCAACCGGCCGGAGCCACGAUUCGAGAGGCUUCACCUCCCCAAAUAUCUCCAAAACCAAAGACGUCUGGACUCGCGGUUCCGGAAACCGAGGUACCGAUGUUUGUCCCGCCUACCGCUCCGGAAUCCGGCCUUACUUCCCUUGCUGAAACCCAGGAAAUUCCUAUCGUAGCUAAGCUAAGAAAAAAAUGGCAAGGCCUUACCUUUGAUAUUGCCGCUGAAGAGAUGCGGCGCCUCUACAAAACGCCCACGAAUGAAGAAAAAUUACGACUCUAUUCCCUUUAUAAACAAGCUGUGCAUGGUGACAUCCCACCACUGGACGAGUACGUAAAACCCGGCUCGGGGUUUGAGAAGGAAAAGUAUGAGGCUUGGGAGGCGAUGAGAGGAAAGUCUGCCACUUCUUGCAAAGCAGAAUACGUGCAACUGGCCGAGGAGAUGAUCAAAAAGUACGAGCGGAACAUCGUGAAAAAGUUGCCGCGGAGCACCGACGAGUUCGAGCCGUUCUUGAAAUACAUCCGGAACAAGUUGAAGCAAACGAAUAUCGUGGUCCACUCGAAUAACAUCACCAUCCUGUACAGCCUCAUCCAGUUGGCCAGAGGGAUGAACAUGACCGAGCAGCCGUACAGCUACGUCUUCACGCAUACGGACCUCUCCCUGCUCGAAGACUUCCUCAACAACAUUGGCCCGUUCCAUUGUAAUAUCACUGGGCUGCAGCUUGUCAAGAACGACCCAAUGAUGAAGCUUCAUUACUCUGUGAUGCACGGGACAGUUGGAGAGACGGGAAACGAAUGCACGAGGCAAUUCGGAAGCUCAAUGAACCGCACCAAA